CACAGAUUGAGACUUGACAAGUACCAAGGUACGGUAGCUGCAAGCAGUGAAGGCCCAGUUGUAUGGCAGCCAAAGGGUCCAAUUGAAGAACUACUAGAAUUUAGAAGUGCGCCAGGCUGUGGCAGCUAAACUGUGUGCCCCGCUGCUCAUCAACAACGUUAAUGUGAUGGCAAAGCAAGAAGCAAAGGUCCGCAAGCGCGCUGUGGUAGAGACUGCGGCGCCCGUCUCGGACGCCAGCACAGAGGGGCCCGUCCCUGUGGGGGAGCCCCACCCGUCGCAGGAGUCCCGCCUGGCGCAGUACUACGGGAUUGUGGUGGUGGCUCUGGUCGUAUUUGCCAUCCUCUUCUACCUGGGCAAGAGAAAUGAAGUGCAGAGGCUCUGGUUCCCGGAGGAGCUGUCUGAAUACACGGGGGCAGAUGAUAAGCCCAUCCUGAUCGCUAUCCUGGGGACCGUCUUUGACGUCACUAAAGGUGCUGAUCAUUACGGGCCAGGAGGAGGGUACUCGCAUUUCGCAGGCAGGGACGCGUCUGCUGCGUUUGUGACGGGCGACUUCAGCCCCGCGGGGCUGACGGACGACGUGUCGGGGCUGGCGCCGUCGCAGGUGGCGGGCGUGGCACAGUGGCGCCAAUUCUACGUGGAGCGCUACAAGCAGGUGGGCGUGCUGGCCGGGCGGUACUACGACGACCGCGGGGAGGCCACGGCGGCGCUGCGCAGCGUGGAGGCCGCGCUGGAGGAGGCCGCGCACGAGGACGCGCGCAGAAAGGAGGAGGAGAAGCAGUACCCCGCCUGCAACUCGCGCUGGUCACAGGCGGCCGGGGGGGAGGUGUGGUGUGAUAAAGGGUUUCCAAGACAGUUCUUCUCGGGCAGCGAGCAUCUUGGCACUCGUUGCGCUUGUGUACAAGCUCAAGAUCUCGACCGGCCAGAUCUUCGCCAAUACGCAUCUUGCGAGAAGUACGACAACAGGUGCAAGACAUCUUAGGUACUGUGGCCGUUAUGAUUCAGAUUCCGCGAUAACGGUUUCUUACUCAAUCAACAAAUUGCAUUGUAUGAGGCAUUGCAUGAGGCAUUGAGAAGGUUCCAAACUUCCAAUUCGAGAAAGAAGGAACAAAUAGUGGGGCCCAAGUCGGUCUUUUGAAUCGAUAUUAUUUCAUGUAUCUGGCUUGCUCAGUCGGACUCAAGGGCCGCUACAGUAAGCCUGUCGGCUUCAUGCAUAGUCGCGGC